AUGGCGAGCCCACCGCCAAACCAGGCGCGAAACACUCGGAAUUCUUCCAAUUCGCGCUCUCAGCAAAUACCCCUCGAAAGUGUGCCUCGAGGUCCCGGUGAGGGCGAACAUGGCUACUAUGAUGAGUCCUCCGGUCCAGGCGCCCAUACCCUCGGCGCGACGUACCUCCCCGAUGGUGGAAGAGCAAGAUAUGAGCGCGUGCCGGCAACCACUGCGCAACUGGCGGCCAAUCUCCCCGGCAUAACGACCUACUGGGGCGAUUCAUAUCCUGCAACUCAUGACGAUGCCGUUAGCACGGGCUCCCCGAUAGACCCGGCCGCCCUUCAGUUUGCGCUCCCCCCAGAUAUCAGCCAGCACAGUCACCCGCUAGGUCCGCAUCCGGAUGUCGCCGACAAUGACCCUUACGAUCAAGUGCAGACCCCGUACUAUGACGAACCGCCGCCGCAGCCCUAUCAGGAUGACUCGGAUCGAGUCCCGCUUGCUGCUGCCGCCGCGCCGACGGCCGGUGGCCUCACAACACCUGUCACUGCUACGCCCAGGGACAGCUUUCAGACCGUCCACGAUCUUGGUGGGAGUCCCUCGCGGUCGAGGGACACGAGGAUGCUGGGACACGACUUGGAGCCUGGCUUUAGUCGACAUCGAAGCUAUGGUCAUUCUCUGACGCCGGAUGACAAGCGGAGGUCCCGGUCGCCGUCUACCUCGGGUGCCUUGUCUAGGACAGCAUCCAUCGUCCGGGCUAUGUCGCAGCGUGUCGUCAACAUCAGCGGUGAAGGAGAAGUGUUGGAGCAACAGGCCCGCCGACAGCGAUCCCGGUCGCCCAGUGUGGAAGGUCGUCAGUCGCAGCGAGUGUCGGAUCCUAUGCUCGUCGAUACAUCCUACCCACCGCCGCCUUUUGCAAUGCCAGCAGAAAAGUCCGAAUCGGAUUUCCCACGGCGGCCUAUGCCGAAUCCUCUAAAGGGAAAGAGCCUAGGCAUCUUCUCACCAGAUAAUCCUAUACGGAUGAAGCUCUGUGACAUUCUUGUCUUCCCGUGGACAGAGCCCAUCAUUCUUAUCCUCAUUAUCCUACAGGCAGUCCUGCUCGCCGUAGAAGCUGCUCCGAACGUCUUCCAGCCGGGCAACGAGCGGCCUCAGCGCUGGGGUACUACGCGCAUCGACUGGGCUAUAUUCGCCCUUUUCAUGAUUUUCACCGUCGAACUGAUCGCACGCAUCAUAGUGUCUGGUUUUGUCUUGAAUGCAGCCGAGUACAGCACGAUAGACCGCAAAAAGGGCAUCAGGGCUGUGGUUGCAGAUCAAUACAAGGCCAUCUUCCAGCCUCAGCGCCAGAAAUCCGUCAGAGCUAGUCGUCCAGCAGAGUACGGACCCUCGACCUUUGCUCGAUCUUUCACGGUGCUCCAAGGCCAGGCUUUGCCUGAGACAGUGGAAGAACAACAGCGGAUGCAGCUGGCUCGCAGGGCCUUUCUGCGGCACGGCUUCAAUCGAUUGGAUUUUGUUGCGGUUGUAUCAUUCUGGAUCUCUUUCGUGCUCGGCAUCGCUGGCAUGGAACACAGACUUCAUUUGUAUGUGUUUCGCAUGCUCAGUUGCUUGCGCAUCUUGAGGCUCUUAGCCCUGACACGAGGCAAUGCUAUCAUUCUCCGAAGUUUGAAGAAAGCUGCACCCCUACUGCUGCGAGUAUCGUUUCUAAUUGGCUUCUUUUGGCUCUUGUUUGCCAUCAUCGGCGUGCAAAGUUUCAAGACCAGUUUAAGCCGCCAAUGCGUGUGGCUUGACCCUUUGCAACCAAAUAACCUGACCGCAGCGUAUACGAAUGAUUUCGAAUUCUGUGGUGGUCAUCUGAAGAACAAUACCGACCCAAAGCCCACUAUUAUGCCAUGGGUUUUCAUGGAAACGCCAGGGGAUUUGACGACGCAAAAAAACGGCACAUCCAGCGGCAAGGGAUUCAUAUGCCCCCGUGGAUCACUCUGUCUCCAGCAAGGCAACCCGCAUAAUGGCACUGUCAACUUUGAUGAUAUACUUCAUUCAUUAGAGUUGGUCUUCGUCAUCAUGAGUGCAAACACCUUCACAGAUCUCAUGUACUAUACGACAAACUCGGACUUCAAAGUGGCAGCGCUUUUUUUCGGAGCUGGGAUCAUGAUCAUGAUGCUGUGGAUGACCAACUUGCUCAUUGCAGUCAUCACCUCGUCCUUUCAAGUCAUUCGGGAAGAGAGCAAGGGCAGUGCCUUUACCGCCGAUCAGGAUGAGACAUUCAUGCCAGCGCAUGCAGAAGACGGGCUCAAACGCGUCUCGUCGCUGCAGCACAUCUAUAACAAGACUUCCUUUAUCUGGGUUUUGAUAAUCGUGUACGAUCUUGUCGUACAGGCUUUUCGAAGUGCACGAAUGGGCGACGAUCGCAGACUCUUUAUCGAUACAUCGGAAGUGGUGGUGACCCUACUGCUUGACGUCGAGAUCAUCAUCCGCUUCGCUGCAAAUUGGCGAGGCUUCCACCAUAGCUUGCAGAAUCUCGUCGACUUUUUCCUGGCAUUGAUCACGUCGAUCAUCCUACUUCCCCCGAUCCACAAUUCAGGACAGGCAUAUGCGUGGCUCACGGUUUUCCAGAUUCUCAGGGCCUAUCGAGUUGUGCUUGCCAUCCCGAUGACCCGGAAGCUGAUCCAACUUGUACUUGGCAAUGCCACUGGUAUUGGCAACUUGAUGUUGUUCGUCUUCCUGAUGACCUUCCUUGUUUCGAUAUUUGCCUCGCAGCUCUUCCGAGGACAAAUUCCACAGGCUGAUUCGGAUGGUAACAACAUCCGUAUUACCUUUGCGACAAUAUUCAACUCCUUUCUGGGAAUGUAUCAGAUCCUUACCAGCGAGAACUGGACAGACAUUCUCUAUAACGUCACGGGAUAUUCCGACAUCCACCACACAGCCUGGAUAGCGGCCAUCUUCUUCUGCGGCUGGUUCAUCCUGUCAUUCUUUAUUCUGGUCAACAUGUUCAUUGCUGUCAUUCAAGAAAAUUUCGAUGUCGGCGAGGAUCAAAAACGCCUUGAACAAGUCAGAGCUUUCUUGCAGCGGAAAGAACUGGGCAGCUCGUCUAGCAAUCUCGCGCUCUCUACCAUAUUCUCGUUUGGAAAGCGCAAGCAACGCAAGGAUCCUUUGGACUAUGGCCCAGCCAUGAUGGAGAUGCUGCUCAAGGAAGCUGUUGUCCGUGAAUUCCUCGACGAGUCCAUGGACCCGUUGCAAGAGACACAAGAUGGUGGGCACGCACCACCAGUUGGCAGCAGCCCCCCCUUGAAAGCGGGCACAUUGUCAUCGGUGUGGACCAAGAUAGUCAAGUCCGUCACGCACCGUGAGCCGAACCCCUUCUACUCGAACAUCCGAUAUGAUGCGCCCACGGAUGGCUUUGAUCCUCGCCAGAUGGCUCGACAAGCAGUUGAGUCUACCAAUGCUCGGCGCAGGGCGCAACGAGAGUAUCUUGCCCGUCAUCCAAACUACAACACCUCGUUGUACAUCUUCAAACCGCACCACCCCCUCCGUCGACUCUGUCAAAGAUUGGUUGGUCCAGGCCGGGGCAGCGAGCGAUUUGAUGGCGUCGAGCCCAAUAAGAUUGCUUGGUACACCUUCUCAGCCUUCGUCUACGCUACUAUCGUGGUGAUGGUCGUUCUCGCCUGCGUCACCACCCCUUUGUACCAGAAGGAGUACUUUGAUCGGGGCCACAUUUUCGGUUUCCACAAUUGGUUUGUCUGGACGGACAUGGCUUUUGCAAUCGUCUUCACGACCGAGGCCAUCAUCAAGGUUAUCGCCGACGGGUUUCUCUGGACUCCCAAUGCUUACUUUAGGAGCUCUUGGGGUUUCAUCGACGCUGUCGUGCUCAUAACGCUUUGGAUCAAUGUCUUCACGCUCUUCGCCAACGAUGGUGCCGUCUCCCGAGCUGUAGGCGCGUUCAAAGCGCUGAGAGCGCUCAGACUUCUCAAUGUCAGCGACAGUGCCCGGGAGACCUUCCACAUGUUGAUCAUCGUGGGAGGCUGGAAGAUAUUGAGCGCUGCAUUCGUGUCAAUCUCACUGCUCAUUCCGUUUGCCAUCUAUGGAUUGAACAUCUUCAAUGGCAAGAUGGUAAAAUGCAAUGAUAGCGGCAGCAUUGUCAACUUGGUGGACUGCUUUGGCGAAUUCAAUGCCACGCCGUUCAAUAACGACUGGCCUCUUCUUGCUCCAAGAACCGCAGCGAACGAUUACUUCAGCUUCGACGACUUUGGCGAGUCUCUUUUCAUUCUCUACCAGAUCGUCAGUCAAGAAGGCUGGACGGAUGUAUCCUUUGCUGCCCAGGCCAUCACAGGUCGUGGCACGCAGCCCCAGUUUGGCGUCGCCCAAGGGAACGCAGUGUUCUUCGUCGUCUUCAACCUCUUGGCCACUGUCUUUAUUCUCACCUUGUUCAUUUCCGUGUUUAUGCGCAACUACACGGAACAGACAGGUGUCGCCUUCCUGACUGCCGAGCAGCGAUCGUGGCUGGAGUUGCGCAAGCUUCUGCGCCAGAUCUCUCCGUCCAAGAGCUCCUAUGAUGACACCAAGAACAAGUGGAAGAAGUGGUGCCACAAACGCGCGAUCGAGAAGCGCGGCAAAUGGUACCUCGCUAUCACGGCCAUCCUGGUACUGCACUUGGUUCUCCUGCUGCUUGAGUUCUCCACCGAACCCAUGUGGUGGAGUGAAGCAAGAGACUACGUAUUCUUCCUCUUCACCCUGAUCUACAUGGUCAAUAUCACCAUCAGAAUCUUCGGCUUGGGAUGGACACGAUUCCGGCGAAGCUCCUGGGACCUCUUCUCCUUGGUGGCGGUCGCGGGAACCUUUGUGACGACUAUCAUGUUCCUCGUGGACCGGCAACGAGAGACGUUCAUUCAACUGCACAAAUAUUUCCUGGUCGCUAUUGUGCUGCUAUUGAUUCCACGGAAUGAUGCACUGGAUCAACUUUUCAAGACAGCCGCGGCCAGUCUGACGAGCAUCGUGAAUCUCCUUGCGACCUGGCUCGUCUUCUACCUCGUCUUUGCCAUCGCGAUGACCCAAGCCUUUAGCUUGACGCGCUUUGCCGAGAACGAGAAGAACAACAUCAAUUUCCGCACCGUCCCCAACGCGCUGAUCCUCCUCUUCCGAAUGAGCUUGGGCGAGGGCUGGAACGCCAUCAUGGAAGACUACGCCACUGUAGAGCCGCCGCUGUGCGUCGAAGGGAGCACUUUCUUCCAGAGCGACUGCGGCAGCCCGGCCUGGGCUCGGACGCUGUUCAUCAUGUGGAACAUCAUCAGCAUGUACAUCUUUGUCAACCUGUUCGUCUCGCUCAUCUACGAGAGUUUCUCGUACGUGUACCAGCGGUCCAGCGGCCUGGCCGAGGUGGACCGCGACGAGAUCCGCCGGUUCAAGGAGGCGUGGCGGAGCGUAGACCCGGCCGGGACGGGAUACAUCAGCAAGGAGGUUUUCCCGCGCCUGCUCGGGGAGCUGUCUGGUGUUUUCCAGAUGCGCAUCUACGACCCCGAAGACACGGUCGGCGCCAUCCUGGACGACGUGAGGAACGGCUCCGACAUGCACCAGGGCAGACACGCGUCGAUUGCGUCCAAGAGCGCGCUCGGAGACAUUGAUCUGCAGAGACUCAAUGACCGGCUCCGCAACCUUGACGUCGCCAAGGUGCGGGAGAGGCGUCGUCGUUUCAAUAUCUUUUACGAGGAGGUUAUGGUCUCUGCGGACCCGGAUCGCGGCAUUGCGUUUACUACGGUCCUUAUGAUUCUUGCUCACUACAACAUCAUCAGUGAUAGCAAGAGCUUGAAGCUCGAUGAAUUCUUGCGAAGACGAGCAAGGCUGCAGCGAGUGGAGGAAGAGGUCCGGCGCCGAAUCGUGCUGGGCUUCUUUAACACUCUCUACUGGUCGAGGAAAUUCAAGCGCCACAUGGAGCUCAAGCGGUCGGCGCGUAUGACGGCCGUCCCGCGCCUGGACGUGCCCGACAUCUUUGUCGACGACGAGGAGGAGCGCGCGGCGACCGCCUCGGCCCACCGCUUCACGCAGCCGCCGCCGUCGCGCACGCCGUCCGUCUUCCUGUCGGCCGACGACGCGCACCGGCAGCACCACCGGUCGUGGUCCGGCGCCAGCGAGGACAUCAGCUUCCAGCAGUUCCCCUACGAGCACCCGCUCAGCAUGCCGCGGUCUAACAGUACUACUUCUCCGACGGCGGCGGCGGCGGCGGCGAACUCGCCUGGGACGCCGACGGGCGGGGCUGACGGCACUGGUCACCACGGGCACAGCUCGAGUGCGUAUAGUUUCGAGCUGCAGGACGGCGGCGGGUUGGGCAGUCAGCCUGGCAGCGCGCAUAGCAGCCGGCGGGGCAGCGCUGUGAGCCCCGCGCAGGUGAGGGAGCUGCUUGAUGAUAGUGUUUGGGUGGAGAGUAUCCGGCGGAGUGCUACUAUGAGGAGGAGUGGGUGGGGGAACCAGUGA